UUGUAUUGCAUAAAUAACUACCAAACUCUGCAAUUACAAACCAGCAGACGCAACCCAGGUGGAUUUGCAGAUCUAACACGUCUCCAUUCUCUCUCACAAACUCAAUUAAUUCAAGAUUCCUACACUACACUUCCCCCUCUCCAUCACUUAGCCUUCCUAUGCUACUCAAUAUUAAGAGCCUCAUCAACUGAAGAUGGCAGGCACAUCAAGAUCAUUGUCUUCUUUUCAGCUCUUCUCCGCUCAUUGAAGUAAGAGAGAUUCUGCAAACUUGCUGUUCUGGGUUUUUCUCUAUCACAUCCCGCUGUUCUCCGUGAAGUAAUUACUCUAAAGCUAGGUUAGUUCUGUGUUUCUUGUGUUUAACGAAAUGGGAAAUUGUCAAGCUGCAGAGGCAGCGACUGUGGUGAUUCAACAUCCAGGGAAGAAGAUAGAGAGGAUUUACUGGUCUGUUAGCGCUCAUGAGAUCAUGAGUUCUAAUCCUGGACACUAUGUGGCUCUUGUCGUGACAUCUCCGACGGUGAAAACGGAAAAUGGGUUGCCAUUGAAGCAGCUCAAGCUUCUUCGUCCUGAUGAUACUCUGCUUAUUGGACAAGUUUAUCGACUCAUCAGUUUUGAAGAUGUGUUGAAAGAGUUUGCUUCCAAGAAUUGUGUGAAACUGGGAAAGCUGCUGAAAGACAGAAGAGGGCUUGUAGAUGCAGCAGAAAUGAAGAAGAAGGAGUCCUCUGGUGGGCUAAGUUUGAACCCGAACCCUAACCCGAAGCCCAGCUCCAUUACUAAAUCUGAGACCUGCAGUUCUGUUAAGGUGGAGCAGGAGUUUCCUCGACUGGGAAGCAAUGGGGCCAGUACAAGCAGCAGUAGAGGAGGAGGAGUAGGAAGGCAUCACGGUGGUGGUGGUGGUGUGCAAUGGAAGCCAGCCUUGCAGAGCAUUUCAGAGAUUGGAACUUGAAAAACACCGCAAAUCAGUUGUACUUGUUUAUCACACAGCACGGCCAAGACCCUCUCCUCUCUCCUCUACUUUCAUACUCUUGCCUUCAAUAAAAGCAACAAAAACAUCAUUUCUUUCACUCUUUUCAAUACAAUUUAUAUUCUCUUCUCUUUUA